AUGUGUGCACAGGCUGUGCGCAGCAUGGAAGGGGCUUGCACCAAGCUGGAUGAAGACAUCUUGGAUAUUCCACUGGACGACCCAGGGGCCAAUGCAGCUGCGGCCAAGAUCCAGGCCAGUUUCCGUGGUCAUAUGACUAGGAAGAAGAUUAAAGGGGGUGAAAGGGAGCGCAAGAGGAAGGACCCGGAGUGUACGAGCAGCACCCGUGCAGGGGACCUACGCAACGGAGAUUAA